AUUUCACUACAGGAACGUCAACGCUUUGUCUGGAUGGUUUGGUUGCCAUUUAAAGGGUCAUGCUACCAAUUUUAUGACGAGGAUAAAGUUGAUUGGUCAGAGGCUGUGUCAUUUUGUAGACUGAAGCACGCUGACCUUGUAACCAUUGAGACUCACAUAGAGAGCACAUUCUUAAAAUUCUUCGCAAGGAAAUUAUUUAAACAAGAUUCUGGUCGGAGAAAUAUCACGGCGUUUUGGCUUGGUGCGAGUGACACAGAUAUUGACGGAAUAUGGAAAUGGGUGGCAACAGAUGAAGAAUUAUCCUUCAGUGAAUGGGAUGUAAGCCAACCGAAUAAUAAACCUGAUAACAACGAAGAUUGUCUAGCUUUAAAUGGUGCAUACGAUUUCAACUGGCAUGACGGUUUAUGUAGCAAAAGGGUUGGUUACCCUCUUUGCGAGAGAAAGGGAACCAGUGACAACAGUGGCGUUGGCAUGCAGGUCAUAGGUUAAAGCCCACGUGUGUCACGUGUGUCUUGUACUCGUAAUACCUCGAAAGUUAAUAAAAAAAUAAACGAUUCAAUAUGUGA